GCCCAGCAUACAGACCGGAAUUAGCACGCAGAUGAGCGACCCAGAUUACCUCUGUUAGUUACAACGACCCGUACGGUUUCUCCUCGGAGGAGCCGUUCUGAUGGGGAACAUUCCCACCACAGUGAAGCACUGUCUGAGCUAUGAGCAAACCAUCAAGGACUACCCCUGGCUGCGACGCUGGCUGCAGGAGGAGAAGAUCUUUACAGAACAGGAGUAUCCGAAGUUUGUGAAAAUCGUUGAAGUCGGGCCAAGAGAUGGACUCCAAAAUGAAAAGGAAAUUGUUCCAACAAGGGUGAAAGUCGAGCUGAUUGACAGGCUCUCUGCAACAGGGCUGUCUGUGAUCGAGGCCACCAGCUUUGUCUCUUCAAAGUGGGUACCGCAGAUGGCCGACCACACUGAUGUCUUCCAAGGAAUCCAGAAAGCACCUCAUGUUCGAUACCCUGUUUUGACGCCUAACAUGCAAGGUUUUCAGGAUGCUGUUGCUGCUGGUGCCACUGAAAUCGCUGUGUUUGGGUCAGCGUCAGAAAGCUUCAGCAGAAGAAACAUUAACUGCUCCAUAGAUGAAAGCAUGCAGAGGUUUGAGGAAGUCAUUAACGCUGCCAAAGAGAGACAAAUUCCAGUUCGCGGAUAUGUUUCUUGUGCCCUUGGCUGCCCCUAUGAGGAAUGUAUUGAACCUUCAAAAGUUGCAGAGGUGGCAAAAAGAUUGUAUGAAAUGGGUUGUUAUGAAAUUUCCCUGGGGGAUACCAUUGGUGUCGGGACUCCUGGAUCCAUGUUUACGAUGCUACAGAGGGUGAUGAAAGAUGUGCCCGUUAAUGUGUUAGCGGUUCACUGCCAUGACACUUAUGGACAAGCACUUCCCAAUAUUCUUGUUGCACUUCAGAUGGGAGUCUCCGUGGUGGAUUCGGCAGUGGCUGGCCUUGGCGGAUGCCCCUACGCCCAGGGUUCAACUGGCAACAUUUCAACAGAGGAUGUUCUUUACAUGCUUCAUGGCAUGGGCAUUCAAACAGGUGUAAAUCUUGAUAAAGUGAUAGAAUCUGGGGAUUUUAUCUGCAAUGCUUUGGGAAGAAAAUCAAACUCCAAGGUUGCCCAGGCGAGAUGCAGGAGGACACUGUGA